UGUAAUUCCUAAUAACUUGGCCAGCUUGGUUGACCCCUCUUGCCACUUCCUGAGCGAACAGCUAUGGGCAAGGAGAAGCUUCACAUCAACAUCGUGGUGAUCGGCCAUGUGGACUCAGGCAAGUCGACCACCACAGGCCACCUCAUCUACAAGUGUGGGGGCAUCGACAAGAGGACCAUUGAGAAGCUUGAGAAGGAGGCCACUGAGAUGGGGAUGGGCUCGUUCAAGUACGCCUGGGUGCUGGACAAGCUGAAGGCAGAGAGGGAGCGAGGCAUCACCAUCAACAUCUCCCUGUGGAAGUUUGAGACCAGCAGACACUACUGUAUCCAGCAGGUCACUAUCAUCGACGCCCCGGGACACAGGGACUUCAUCAAGAACAUGAUCACUGGCACCUCUCAGGCGGACUGUGCCGUGCUCAUCGUGGCGGCAGGCGUGGGCGAGUUUGAGGCGGGCAUCUCCAAGAAUGGGCAAACCCGUGAGCACGCCCUUCUGGCCUACACCCUAGGGGUCAAGCAGCUGAUCGUAGGGGUCAACAAGAUGGACUCCACCGAGCCCAACUACAGCCAGAAACGCUACGAGGAGAUUGUGAAGGAAGUCAGCACCUAUAUUAAGAAGAUUGGUUACAACCCGGAUACGGUGGCCUUCGUUCCCAUCUCCGGCUGGAAUGGGGACAAUAUGCUGGAGGCUAGCCCUAACAUGACAUGGUUCAAAGGGUGGAAGAUCACCCGUAAGGACGGCAACGCCUCUGGGACCACCCUGCUGGAGGCCCUGGACGCCAUCCAGCCGCCCUCCCGCCCCGCUGACAAACCCCUCCGCCUGCCCCUACAGGACGUCUACAAGAUAGGAGGUGAGGCCCUGGGAGGCGUUCAAACCCACCACUGGUGCUAUGCCAGUGGCUUAAGGGCCCUGAAGUCUGGCGACGCAGCCAUCGUUGCCAUGGUCCCCGGAAAGCCCAUGUGUGUGGAGAGCUUCUCCGAGUACCCACCACUUGGGCGCUUUGCGGUGCGUGACAUGCGUCAGACGGUGGCGGUGGGCGUGAAGGCGGUGGAGAAGAAGGCUCCGUCCACGGGCAAGGUCACCAAGUCGGCCCAGAAGGUCAAAUGAACGUUGUGUUGGGCUCGCGGCGUUAGCGUCCGCCACCGUGAAAACAUCACUCCCCUCCUACACAACAUAGUCAAAGUCUGGUCCAUGCUCACGAUGCAUCGCAAGAGCAGACGGAGGGAAACAAUGGUAUGGUAUAUUCAUUAAGGAAGUGUUCUGUUUUAUAUAUGUUUUGGUCUGCUUGUUUGACUGUUUGUGGUUAGG